GCGCGCGGGCCGCUCGGCGCUGCGGGACGUGUCUCCGCCCGCAGCGGUUGGCGGCGGCCGCUGCCCUCUCUGCCGUGCCGUGCCGUGCCGUGCCGUGCGGCCCCGCCGCGAACCAUGUCGUGGCCCGGCGGCGUCUCCCCGCGGCAGCCCGGCGGGGGCUCGGGUGCCCCUGGCACGGCCGGCUCCGGCGGCCCCGCGGCGGGCCGCGGCCGAGGCAAGGGGCUGAAGGAUAUCCGCGUCGACGAGGAGGUGGAGAUCGCGGUGAACCUCGCCCUGGAGCGGUUUCAGUACGGAGAGGAGAAAGAAAUGGAGUUUCCUUCUUCUUUCACUAGUACCGAAAGAGCAUUUGUUCACCGGCUGUGUCAGUCUCUGGGACUGAUAUCGAAAAGCAAAGGAAAAGGGGCGAAUCGAUACCUGACUGUAAGGAAGAAAGAUGGAUCAGAACUGACACAUGCAGUUAUGACUUGUUGCUUGGCUCCCAGCACAAAACAUGCGAUCCGGAGUUUAAUUCAGAGAUUUCCUGUCACCAGUAAAGAACGAACAGAACUUCUGCCGAAGACAGAGCGAGGAAAUGCUCGUGCUGUUGAAUCUGAAAACAGGGAAGUGAGCAAGACAAGCGGGCGACUUAACAAUGGUAUCCCACAGGUCCCAGUGAAAAGAGGGGAGUCGGAGUUUGAUUGCUUCAGGCAGUCACUGCCAGUUUUUGAAAAACAGGAAGAAAUUAUCAAAAUCAUAAAGGACAAUAAAGUUGUUUUAAUUGUAGGAGAGACUGGAUCAGGAAAAACUACUCAGAUUCCUCAGUUCCUCCUUGACGACUGUUACAAAAAUGGAACGCCCUGUCGUAUAUUUUGCACUCAGCCGAGACGUUUGGCAGCUGUUGCUGUGGCUGAAAGAGUGGCAGCAGAAAGGAGAGAAAAGAUUGGCCAGACAGUUGGCUAUCAAAUCCGACUAGAAAGCAGGGUUUCUCCAAAGACGCUCUUGACGUUUUGCACUAAUGGCAUCCUGCUUCGCACGCUAAUGGCAGGAGACAGCACCCUAUCAACUGUGACACAUGUUAUAGUGGACGAAGUACAUGAGAGGGAUAGGUUCAGUGACUUCCUGUUAAUAAAACUGAGAGAUGUGUUGCAAAAACAGACUAACUUAAAAUUAAUUAUUUCUAGUGCUGCUCUAGAUGCAAAUCUCUUUAUUAGGUAUUUUGGAAGUUGCCCAGUAAUACACAUACAAGGAAGACCUUUUGAAGUUAAAGAGUUGUUUCUGGAGGACAUUUUACGAAGCACUGGGUAUACAAACAAAGAGAUGGUAAAGUACAAAAAGGAGAAGCAGCGAGAAGAAAAACAGCAAAGCACUCUUACCGAAUGGUGUUCUGCUCAAGAAAGUAGUAGCAAACUGGAAUCUCAGAGGCAAAGAUCUGUCCCAAGUGCACCUGAAGACUAUAAUCUGUUGGAUGAUAGUGGUGACACAGUAUUUAAUCAACUGACUGAAAAAGAUUCAAAUUGCCUUGAGCCAUGGCUAAUAAAAGAAAUGGAUUCUUGUCUUUCUGACAUCUGGUUGCAUAAAGAUGUUGAUUCGUUUGCUCAAGUGUUCCAUCUCAUUUUAACUGAAAAUGUUAGUGUUGAUUAUAGGCACAGUGAAACCAGCGCGACUGCACUCAUGAUUGCUUCAGGGAGAGGCUUUCUGAGCCAAGUAGAACAGCUGAUCAGUAUGGGAGCAAAUAUCCACUGCAAGUCAUCCAAUGGCUGGAUGGCUUUGGACUGGGCAAAGCGCUUUGGACAGACAGAGGUUGUUGACCUCUUGGAGUCCUACAGUACUUCAGUGGAAUUUGGAAAUCUGGAUGAAAAUUCUCUAGUCCAAACAAGUGGUAGUGACCUUAGUGCAGAAGACAGAGAACUGUUGAAAGCUUAUCAUCACAGUUUCGACAGUGAAAAAGUGGAUCUGGACCUGAUUAUGCAUUUACUUUAUAACAUCUGUCAUAGUUAUGAUGCUGGAGCGAUUUUAAUUUUUCUUCCUGGAUAUGAUGAGAUAGUUAGCCUGAGGGACCGGAUCCUGUUUGAUGACAAGAGAUUUGCUGAUAAUGCGCACAGAUACCAAGUUUUCAUGCUUCAUUCAAAUAUGCAGACUUUGGAUCAGAAGAAGGUGCUUAAAAGUCCACCUUUUGGCGUCCGCAAAAUAAUUCUUUCUACUAAUAUUGCAGAAACCAGCGUAACAAUCAAUGAUGUUGUGUAUGUUAUUGACUCAGGCAAAAUGAAGGAGAAGUCGUUUGAUGCAUUGUGUUGUGUCACAAUGCUAAAAAUGGUGUGGAUUUCAAAAGCCAGUGCUAUCCAGAGAAAAGGCAGAGCUGGACGCUGUCAGCCUGGAGUCUGUUUUCGUCUCUUCAGCAGGCUCCGAUUUCAGAAUAUGCUGGAAUUUCAGACUCCAGAACUUCUCAGAAUGCCGCUUCAGGAUCUUUGUUUACACACAAAACUUCUGGCUCCAGUUAAUUGUCCGAUUGUUGACUUUCUUAUGAAAGCACCUGAUCCUCCACCAGCUUUAAUUGUGAGAAAUGCUGUGCAGAUGCUUAAGACAGUAGAUGCCAUGGACCCUUGGGAAGAUCUCACUGAACUUGGUUACCAUCUCACUGAGUUACCAGUAGAGCCACACCUUGGUAAAAUGGUGUUGUGUGCUGUUGUUUUGAAGUGCCUGGAUCCUAUUCUCACUAUUGCUUGCACUCUUGCAUAUAGAGACCCUUUUGUCCUUCCUACACUUGCCUCUCAAAAGCGUGCAGCCAUGCUGUGUCGAAAACGUUUUACUGCAGGAACAUCUAGUGACCAUAUGGCACUUCUCAGGGCUUUCCAGGCAUGGCAGAAGGCACGCAGUGAUGGCUGGGAGAGAGCCUUCUGUGAAAAGAACUUUCUGUCUCAAGCCACGAUGGAAAUAAUCGUAGGAAUGAGAACACAGUUGCUUGGUCAGCUUAGAGCCUCAGGUUUUGUUAGAGCCAGAGGAGGAGCCGAUAUUAGAGAUGUUAAUACUAACUCUGAAAACUGGGCUGUAGUUAAAGCUGCCUUAGUGGCUGGUAUGUACCCCAACCUGGUGCAUGUAGACAGGGAAAAUUUGGUCUUGACUGGACCAAAGGAGAAGAAAGUGCGAUUUCAUCCUACCUCUGUUCUUAGUCAACCUCAGUAUAAAAAGAUUCCACCAGCAAAUGGGCAAGCUGCAGCAGUUCAGGCACUCCUCACAGACUGGCUUAUAUAUGAUGAAAUGACGAGAGCUCACAGGAUAGCAAAUAUCAGGUGCUGUACCGUGGUAACACCUGUCACUGUGUCACUCUUCUGUGGACCAGCAAGAUUACCAAGUAACGCUUUGCAGGAGCCUUCAUCCUUUGGAGGGUAUGGGUUAUCUAAUGAUAACAGUGAUAGUGAGAUGGAGGACACCACGGCUGCUAACUUGGCCCUACUGAAGUUGGAUGAGUGGCUCCAUCUCAAACUGGACCCUGAAGCUGCUGGUUUGCUGUUGCAACUCAGGCAGAAGUGGCACAGCUUAUUUCUGCGUCGUAUGCGAGCUCCUUCUAAACCAUGGUCUCAAGUUGAUGAAACAACUGUAAGAGCAAUUGUAGCUGUUUUAAGUGCUGAAGAGCAGUCUGCAGGUUUGCAGCAGCCUUCAGGAAUUGGUCAGAGACCAAGACCUAUGGCUUCUGAAGAACUUCCUUCAGUAUCUACGUGGAGGUCAACCAACAGUAGGAAAAGCACAGCAGAAACAGACUUCUCUGACUCCUCUAAUGUUGAAAAAGUUUUAAUGAAAUCUACACCUCCUGCACUUCAUCAGCCAAAGACGUACAAGGAUAAAAACACUUCACACUCCAAACGAACUUCAGAUGACAAAUCAGAUCAAUCAUCAGUGAAGUCUACAGACAGCAGUAGUUAUCCUAGCCCCUGUGCCAGUCCAUCUUCUCCAAUAUCUGGAAAGGGUUCUAAAUCUCCUUCACCAAGACCAAAUGUGCCAGUUCGGUACUUCAUCAUGAAAAGUUGCAACUUGCAAAACAUUGAUAUAUCUCAGCAGAAGGGGAUAUGGUCUACUACGCCAAGUAAUGAACGAAAACUCAAUAGAGCCUUUUGGGAGAGCAACAUGGUUUACUUAAUAUUUUCUGUUCAAGGAUCUGGACACUUUCAGGGUUUUGCUAGAAUGGCUUCAGAGAUAGGGUGUGAGAAAAGUCAAGACUGGGGAUCUGCUGGUUUCGGAGGUGUGUUUAAGGUGGAGUGGAUUCAAAAAGAAAGCAUUCCUUUUCAGUUUGCACACAAUUUGCUGAACCCUUGGAAUGACAAUAAGAAAGUACAGAUAAGCAGAGAUGGCCAGGAGCUGGAACCACAAGUUGGAGAGCAGUUGUUGCAGCUUUGGGACCGUAUUUCUUUGGCAGGAAAGACCUCACCUGAACAAGUCAAGUAAUGUAAUAGAGCUGUGGCUGUUGAAAUGUCAGCUAUAACCACUAGAAACCAGCAGUGUGCCUACAAUACAAAGAUGAGAAAGAAGAUGAUGCAAUAAGCUCCUGGAGUUGUAGUCCUGCUGUGCAGCUGGCAAGGGAAAAAUAAGAGGGGAUUAUGUUGAUUUCAGUAUUUCCUUGUCUUAACAAACGUCACAGCGUUGCUCACCAGCCGGUUUCUGGCUGAAUUAUUUUUCUACAGUGGUGUGCAGCUGAUAUUUUAAAACAUGGUUAAGUUGAAAAAUAAGUUUGAAAAUGGACCACAUGUAAGUUGUUUGUGGGUUUAAAAUAGCAGAAUAGACAGUUAAAAUACUCAUUUUACCUUUAAAGCUUUCACAUGUUAGUUGUUUGUGCGUUUAAAACAGCAAACUAGACAGUUAAAACAUUCAUUUUACGUUUAAAACUUUCUCAACGCAGUAAAAUGUCUGGGAGAGACCAGUGUGAUACUAAUUAAUCAAUUUUGCAGUUUGCAUAAAAUAAAUUGGGAAUAGGUGUCUCCAAACCUACUGGAAGAUUUUGUAAGCAUUUUUCGAGUUUUUAUGCGUGUGGUGUGAGAGAGCAGGAUGUAUGCAUACAAACAACUGGGCAGCUGGACAAUGUAAAAUUUUAAUUGAAAUAUGUAAGUCAAAGGAGCAUGACUUUUGAGAGUGGGUUGGUUCAGUAGUGUUUCCAGUUUCAGUUAUUUUUCACCUGUAAAAGGUCCUCACACGUUGGCGAGCUGAAGCAGUCUUUCAGGAGCCUGCUGCCAAGAGGUGUUCUGACUUGGGCAUUAUUGGAAGAUUUUUAAUUAUUUAAGAAAAAGAAAAAAUUUUAAAAAUUGCCAGUACAACGUUUUUUGUCUUUCAAUGUAGUCUUCACACUCUCAUUCUGUACCUCUUCUUUCAGUUUCUUUGUUCUUCUUUACUAUUGUUCUGUUUUACUGUGCUUCUCCUUAGCCGUUAAUGUACUGUAUAAUAAGUCUGGUAUAAAUUCCAUCUUCUCUCAGCACUGUUUGUGAUCAUUCUUAGAUUAAAACAAUAAAUUUUUUCCUUCUGGG